CCAAUUGGCUCGGGUCAGACCCCGGGGUCGUGAAGGGCGAUUGAACGGAAGAGGUCGAGGAAGAAAUGGCCGAGGACGAAGCCGCUCCCGAUCGAGGGAUCGGCCUCGUGCGAAACCACCUAGCACCGAGAAUGGCGCCACCUCGAACGCCCUACCUGACGUCGAAAACGCGUUGCCUAGUGUUCCUGCGGUAGUAAGUGUCCCAGUGAAAGUUACAAGUGUUCCAGCAGGGGUGGCUAAAAGGAAGAAAAAGCCAACAGCUCAAGGAAAACGAGGUGCAGGUGAGAGAAAUGGCAAGAAGCGGAAAAGAAAUGGUGCAGAUAACAGCGAGCAAAGGCCAACAAAACGAGGAGCUCGUACGAAUUCAAGCAAGCCGGCAGACGAUGCGCCAGUGUUCACUUUAUCAGACAUCAGUUCGGAUGAAGAUGUGGGAGGCAAACCGUUUCCGCUGUCAUUGCCUGUGCCACUGAGAUCAGUGGCACCGGUUAUGGCAGCGCAGGAUCGUGAAGAUGGAAUGGAUGAAAUGGGCUCCCGGGCUGAAGUUAUCGAUCUCGCUUCCGAGACAGAAAGUGAGUGACACGUCGACGGCUAAAGAAAAUGGAAGAAGACGAAAGGCGGAGGUUUUGCGCAUUGUCAAGUGAGCCGAAGGCGAGAUAGGAUUGGCGAUUUACCGGAGUGGAAUGUCGUAGUGUUUGUUGCCUAUGGCGACGUGAACUGCUGCUACGCUUGUCGUAAAGCAGCGCUGGUUUUCCUGCUGGUGGCUGAGGAGGCUUU